GGCUAAAAUUGAAAUGCUUGACUCUAAAUCAGACAAAUCUGAUAGAGGUUCAGACAACGAAAAUCAGGAGAGCAAUGAAGAAAGGAUCAGAAGAGAAAGAGAGCGUAGGAGGUUAGAAAGGAUCACUAAAAAGACAGAAAGCACUAAGAUAAAUAAACCUGAGAAUAAGAUUCAAGGAAUGAUGUCUCGUAAUGAACUGACUGCUUUAGAGCUCCAUCAGAUGUACAAGACAGAUAAGAAGAAAUGGCUAGAUUCUUACAGAGGAUUUCCAUUAAGUAUUUCAUUGCAGAGCAUCAUGGCAUCAUUGAUAGUCUUUCCUUUCUUGCUUGGAUUUUUAAUUUUUCCUUUCAAAGAUAUCAAACUCUGGAAAACUAUCGCGCUUUGUAUUGUGACAUCUCUAAUCUCUUAUUAUUACUGAAUUAAGCUUAUUAAAGAUCUUAAAGGAUACAUGAUCGAUGCAAAGAUGACAGGGAAAGAUCUCAAUAAGACUGGAACAAUUGAAAGCAAACCAGCUAAUGCAGAAGCUAUGGGGAUCAUCACCUGCAUUAUCUUUUUGAUGAAUUCUAUCAUUAUGGUAUCAUUAUUAGAUUUUGACAAAGACAAGCUACUUUUAUUCAUGACAGGACUUCUUUGCAUUUCUCUCAUGGUUAUACUUGGAUUCAUAGAUGAUGUUGUCGCACUCAAGUGGAAAUACAAGCUUAUCUUUCCUCUCAUUGCUUCAUUUGCUCUUAUUUUGGUCUAUGACGGUAAAACAAGUGUUAUUAUGCCUAUCCCAACAAGGUUCAUUUUUGGGGAAGUUCUUGAGCUUGGAAUAUUCUAUAAGAUCUAUUUUGUGAUGCUGACUAUUUUCUGUACAAAUUCUAUCAAUAUUCAUGCGGGAGUGAAUGGGUUAGAGUCUAGCCAAAGUAUUGUUAUCUGUGUUUUCACGAUCGUUCAUAACAUCAUAGAGAUUAGCAGAAAGGAGACACAAUCCAUUUAUGAAAACCAUAUUUUCUCAUUGAUCUUGAUGAUCCCUUUCUUAUUCACCUCUUUAGCUUUGUUGAAAUACAACAACUUCCCAAGUAAGAUCUUUGUUGGGGAUACAUACACUUCAUUUGCAGGAAUUGUUUUUGCAGUAUGUGGGAUUCUCGGGCAUUUCUCAAAGACUUUGCUUUUGUUCUUUAUCCCACAAAUUAUUAAUUUUUUGUUAUCUCUUCCUCAAUUGUUCAAAUUUAUCCAUUGCCCAAGACACAGGAUGCCUAAAUUCAACAAAAAGACUUACAAAAUGGAGUGAGUUGAUAACCAUUUCACUCUGAUCAACGCUACACUCAGAGUGUUUGGCCCAAUGAACGAAGAGCAGGUCAAUAUCAGCCAGACUUUGUUCCAGAUAGCUUGAUGCUUGUUUGCGUUCUUUAUCAGAUAUGGCUUGGCCCAGUUCUUCUUCUAGAUAACACGUAUUCAACUUCUGGAACAGAAUCUGGGGUUUUGGGGUUUUGG